AGCGGGAGGUGUGAGGGCGCCUCGCGGGAGCCAAUGAGAAUCCAGUUUACACGCUGCCAGUGUCUGUGGCUGCCCUGAGACCUGUGCAGGGUCCGAGCUAUCGCUGUUCUACCCGGGACUCGGCACGGACUCUGAGCUUGACCCGCCCGAGUGGAUCUAUCGGUGUAUUCAGCACCCCGCGUGGAUUAGGGGCCCCAAAGGGAUUCAAUCGGAUUUCUCUGUUUCCUGGGACUGCGCCCGACUGGAUCUUUCUCUGUUCCCUGGGACUGUGCGUCUGUCGCCUGCGAUUUACUCUCUGUCCGGGGAUCAUCCCAUGACUGAUGCCUCCUGACACUUGCAACUGCCUGAGUAUGGGGGGAGCAGUCGUGUGCGGUGCCUAACCCACCUCAGCCCCCCAAAACUCCUUGUCUACCCCUCCCCCUCCAGUAUUUCUACUGGAACCACCCAAAAUCCUCUGCACCCCUGAAAUCCCUGCCCCCUCCCUUCAUCGGUUCUGAUCUGUCACCCCAACAGCUGAACCCCAACAGCUGGACCCCAACAACUGAACCCCAACAGCUGGACCCCAACAGCUGGACCCCAACAGCUGGACCCCAACAUGCAGCCUAUACCGGGCAGGAGCUCCUUCUUGCUGGAUAUUUUACUUUUCUUCCUGAUCUUUCAUUUGGGGGUGGGAUUCAGUCUCCCCCGACCCUUCUGUCCCUCCAGCUGCACCUGCACUAGGGACCUGGUGGACUGCAGUAACCUGGGCCUGACAGCGACCCCCUCCGACCUCCCAGCCUGGACUGUACACCUAAACCUGAGCUCCAACAAACUGAAGGAGAUCGAUCCGGCCGCCUUCGCCCAGCUCCAGGAACUCAAGGAAGUAAACCUGGGAAACAACGAACUGACAGGCAUCCCUCACCUUGGCGCUGCUGCUCCUCAAGUAACCGCCCUCUCACUGCACCAUAACAAAAUCCGCACCAUCGAUCCCUCCCAUCUGAAACUGUACGUUGCUCUGGAAUCACUAGACUUAAGCUCCAAUGAGCUGACGGAAAUUCGAAGCGUUUCGUUCCCUGCAGGACUGCGGAUUAAGGAGCUCCACCUGGGAAGCAACAAGAUCAGCAGUUUGGAGCCGGGCUCCUUUGACAGCCUGUCACGCUCGCUGCUUACACUUCGUCUGAGCAAAAACAGAAUCUCUCAGCUUCCUGUCAAACUAUUCCGACUGCCCAGACUAACCCAACUGGAGCUGAACCGGAAUCGCAUUCGCUUGAUCGAAGGGCUGACGUUCCAGGGGCUGGAAAGUUUGGAAGUUUUAAAAUUGCAGAGGAACAACAUCAGCAAGUUAACAGAUGGCGCAUUCUGGGGCCUCUCAAGAAUGCAGAUCCUGCAUCUGGAAAAUAACAGCCUGACGGAAGUGAACAGCGGAUCUCUGUACGGACUCCUGUCCCUGGAGCAGCUUCACCUGAGUAACAACUCAAUAUCCACAAUUAGUUCUGCCGGCUGGAGCUUCUGCCAAAAACUGCAAGAGCUGGUCUUGUCUCACAACAAUCUGACCCGACUGGACGAGGGAAGCCUCGCAGAUUUGGGAGCACUAGACGUGCUGCGCCUCAGCCAUAACUCGAUCAGCCAUAUAGCAGAGGGGGCGUUUAAAGGUCUGAAAAGCCUGCGGAUCCUGGAGCUGGACCAUAACGAGAUCUCGGGCACAAUAGAGGACACAAAUGGGGCUUUUAUAGGCCUUGAAAGUCUGAACAAGCUAACUCUGUUUGGAAACAAGAUCAAAUCGGUGGCCAAGAGAGCGUUCUCAGGGAUGGAGAGCUUGGAGCACCUAAACCUUGGGGAAAAUGCCAUCAGGUCUGUGCACAGUGAGGCAUUUGGGGAAUUGAAGAACCUCAAGGAAAUAUACAUCAGUAGCAGCAACUUUCUGUGUGAUUGCCAUCUCAAGUGGCUCCCUCAGUGGCUCACAAGUCGCAGGCUCCAGACAAAGGUCCAAGCCACGUGCACCCACCCCGGCUCUUUGAACAACACCAGUAUUUUCAGCGUCCCCCCUCGGAGCUUUGUGUGCGAUGAUCUGCCCAAACCUCAGAUCAGAGUUCAGCCAGAAACCACAAUGGCGGUUCUUGGCAAAGACAUUCGCUUCACGUGUUCGGCGGCCAGCAGCAGCCCAUCCCCCAUGACGUUCGCAUGGAAAAGGGACAAUGAGAUACUGCACAACGCGGAGGUGGAGAACUUCGCCAGCGGCACUGAGAGAGAAGGAGAGGUGACGGAAUACACCACCAUCCUGCACUUGAGGAACGUGACUUUUGCACAUGAAGGCCGGUAUCAGUGCAUCAUCACCAACGACUUUGGACCUUCUUACUCCAACAAGGCCAGGCUGACUGUGAAUGUUCUUCCGUCAUUUAUCAAGACUCCGCGAGACAGCACCAUCCGGGCCGGUACCAGAGCAAGAUUGGAAUGUGCAGCAGACGGUCACCCCACCCCUGAAAUCGCCUGGCAGAAAGAUGGAGGCACGGACUUCCCUGCGGCGCGAGAAAGGCGCAUGCACGUUAUGCCCUCCGAUGACGUCUUCUUUAUCAUGGACGUCAAGAUCGAGGAUAUGGGAGUGUACAGCUGUACUGCGCAAAACUCCGCCGGCUCGGUCUCCGCCAAUGCAACGUUAACCGUACUUGAGAUGCCAUUCUUGGUUCAUCCUCUUGAAGACCGCAUUGUAUCCACUGGAGCAACUUUAGCCUUACAAUGUAAAGCCAGCGGCAGCCCCCCACCCCGAAUUACAUGGCUGAAAGGGGACGAACCUUUGGUCAUGACGGACAGGCACCAUUAUACGCCUGGUAACCAGCUGCUCAUCAUACGACAAGUCAUGUUGGAGGAUGCUGGGAAAUACACAUGUGAGAUGUCCAACACGCUUGGAACGGAGCGAGCCUACAGCCACGUCAGGAUCACGUCUACAGCCGGCUGCCAUGGGGACAAAGACAAAAUGGAAGGGAUGAUGACUUUUGGCAUCAUCACAAUUGCAGUCGUCUGCAGCAUCGUCCUGACCUCGCUGGUGUGGGUGUGUAUUAUCUACCAAACGAGGAAAAAGAGCGAAGUCUACAGUGUGACCAACACAGACGAAACAAUUGUGCCCCCUGACGUCCCCAGUUACCUGUCCUCUCAAGGUCUUUGCUCCAGCGAGGGCUCAGUGAAUCCUGAGGUUGAAGCCUGCAGUGUGUUAUACAGACAGCCGAGGCUCUGCACGUGCAACUCCGGGGAGGCUUGUAAAACAGCACAUGGAUUAUUUGGCUCCGAAAACUCAGCCUUUGGAUUUCAGGUGAUGUGCACAGACUGCUUAGACGGCAACAACAUGUACAGCAGCAAUAGUGACUACUGCCCGCAGCCGCUACAAUCCAUAGACCACUCGUAUGAGAGGCCACCAGGCAGCCACGACAGAUUCAUGUGCAACGGGGACAGACCAACAGCGUCCAGUUAUCACUUCAACAUGGCUACCGACGAGGGCAGCAACAUGGAAUCUGGGGCAAAUGUGUAUCCUAGCAACCAUGAAAGGAUAGGUGCGGCUGAACCACAGAACAAAGACUCGUGCCUGGCGCCAUUAAUCAGGGCAGCGGACAGCGAAGGCUACCGACAAGCGCCCAGCUCUGACUGUUACCAACCCUACCCUUUACCCAAUCCUCUGAGUGAAGACUCAGCCAAACAGACGCUUCUCCCCAAUGGACACGCCCCCACGCUUAGCAACGAGCGCAGGUCGCAGACAGGAUCGAGUGCUCCGAAGUGAAACAGUCGCGCGAAACGCAAGAAGACUUCACCGUAUGCACUGAAAGGAUCCGUCUACCUCAUUUCCUUCACGGACUCGGCAAGAGAUUGAAAUUAACCAAUCGGAAACUACGGAGGUACGAACCCUACGGCUUUUGUGGGACGCGCAUCCCCCCCAUCUGAGCAUCACUGAGUUGUACAUAAGUGAAUUUAAAGCUUCUGUUGGAAGUGUAGCUGUAUAGUUGGUCUGCAUUCGCAGCGCACAAUGCAAAAGGACUUGUACAAACGAGAAAUGUAUUUGAUACAUUGUAAAUUAGAGUUUUUCAUAAAGAGAUAUAUAUAUAUAUAUAUAUAUAUUUGUGUGUGUAAAUAUCUAAAAAUAGAUAUAAAAAUACUUCUAUUUUAUAGAGUCUAUUUUAACCUUUAAUGCAUAAAUGAGUGACGUUUCGCCAAUGUGGGACACUUGAUAUCAUGUCGUUGUUGCUGAUACCCCCCACCCCAGUAAAAAUAAACGGGUGCCUUAUUUAAUGAGAAAUUUUCCAGCUGUGCAGCUUUGAUGCCCAAAUUGUUGUGACCUCACUUCCUGCCUGAGUCUCUCCCUGCUCACUUAUAGCUCUAAACUCAGAUUACAGCAGGAAUGGGAGGAGGGAGGGGGUGAGAGGAGCAAA